AUGCCUGGCCACAGUAGAAGAAACAGCGGAGUUCCUACUUCCAGUAGCCCACCGAACGAGCAAGUACCCCCCUGGAGGGUAGCAAGUAAUAGAAACCCUGGUUUAAGCCUCAUUCUCAUGAGACAGGGAGACACGACACGUUCUAACAGACCACGUUGGAUCCAACGGAGUAGACGCCUUCGCGGAAACGAGGAUGGACAGCCCGAAUCUUCAUCAGCAGCUGCAAGAAGCAUCCGCGAAUUCAAUGGUAGCCUUGUUGCACGGACUCGAAGUCUAGCAAACCAGUAUAUAAACGAACGAAACGGCGAGAGCCAAAAUGGACAGGCUGAAUCUUCAGCGGCAUCAGCAAGAAGAAUCCGCGAACUCGAGGGCAGCCUUAUUGAACAGACUCUAGAUCUAGCAAGUGACUAUGCAAACGGACGAAACGGCAACAUUGCAAAUGGACGGGCUGAAUCUUCAGUAGCUGCCGCAAGAAGAAACCGUGAAUUCGAAGAUGGCCUUAUUGAGCAGACUAUUAAUCUAGAGAAUGAAAACGCAAACGGACAAGACCGCGGUGUUCCAAAUACCGUUAUCGAGGAAAGUUCAACUGCACUAGUUCAACAUACGAACGGACAAAACGGCGAUGUUCGAUAUACCUUUAUUGACGAGACUCCAAAUGUACAAGUUGGGCAUGCCAACGGACGAAGCAGCGACAUUCCAGGCCACAAUAUUUCUGAAACUCAAAGUCGACGGUUUGGCGCUAGAAGCAGAAGCCGCAGCGAAAAUUUAACUCCAAAUCUGCAAGCACAAGCUGCACAAGAACUUCAAUAUAUUACUCAAACAUUUGGUAUAAAUUUGCGCCGCGAGGUACAUGAAUCUUCAGAACCCAGAGUAGAAGAUGCACCAGCCGCGGAACGACUCAGACUCGCACUCGAUGUCCAAGAAGUGAGACCCUCGACGCUCGCGGAAAGAUUUCAGCUGAGAGAGUCUCUCGUUGACAAUGCGAGCGCUCAUAUUAGAGAAACCUCGCUGAAUCAUCCAAUCAGCAGACUCGAAAUACGAACUGAGUACCCGACAGAGCCCAUGCCAUUCCUAGGAGCUGGAUACUCUCCAAGUACACCGACAAGAAUCGAAUCCCACAACACACGUCAGGAAGAGCCCAGACGGGAUGAUGCACUUCCGUCUAUUUCAAGAGACCUAUCUCCGGGAUUCCAGCCACUCGUACGCCCGGAAAAUCCUUUUAUUGUUCUUCGUGGCGCAGAAGUAGAUCCAAAUGAUACACCUAGUGCUACGACUGAUUUAUACUAUACCACUUCGAUUGCAAAUCAUCUUCUGCUGUCCACCAUACAGGGAUGGAAACUUUCUUUUAACGAUUCUACGAGAACGACGGACACAGAGGAAAAAAAGAAAUUAUGUGAUUUCAAGGAGAAAAUCAUGGCUGUGAUGGCUGCUCAUCCAGCGUAUCGAGAUGAUCCCGAUCAAAAAGUCACACGACAGGAAUUGAUCUCGCGACUAACGGACAUGGCUUGGAAAAAUGCAAGAGUAUUACAACGCGUCAAGCACUCUAAUCAACCACUCGAAGCCUUCAAAAACAAAACCAUGCGUGGUUGGUUUCGAAGUGGUAUUGAUAGUUACACAAAUUACCAUCUCGUGAGUAGCUACAGACAACUUACCUGUGAGGUGGACUAUGGGACACAUAUUAACUACGUCGCGAACUCUUGGAGAAAUUUCUUUGGGGAGAAAGUGGAAGGAUUCACAAAUUUUGAGGAUUGGCUUCAUUCAAAUGCUUGUGUGGAAUAUGAAGCCGAUCCCUCCUUUGCUCCUUUCUUUUCUAUGGUACAGGAUGCGGCGCUCUUCGACACACCGCCUGAGUGUAUGAACGAUUUUGACAAGGUUGAGGAAGCUGAAAAAUACAUCACUGCAAUGUUCUUGAAAGCAGGUCGACCAGAUGCGGUUGUGGAGAUGCUUGGAACGUUUCGUCAAAAUCGUGUUUAUCCACAUGCAGUAGGCAAUCUAGAUCAUAUGCAGAUGAGUCAUGCUCGCGCUUUGAUCAAAAAGUAUUCAUUGUCGACAAACGUGGAACUCAGGCGGUAUUUGGACUAUUUCGCCGAUCAAAGGGGAUUGGAAACGAGAUGCUUUGGAUUUCCGAGGGAGGAUGGACUGGAAGAACCGUUUGUUCAACCGAAGAUCCAGUACAAGUAG